UUGCCUUUGUCACUGCACUUCCUCUGUCCUAGCCCGUUGCUUUCACUUUGUUUUUUUCUGUCCAACUGUGUUAGCCUCGUAUCCUUCCAUCUGUGCUUAGGGCCUCACCGCUCAUUCACUCCCGCUGAUCUCUUUCUGUAUAAUCUAUGUUUUCAACUUGUCCUCCGGAAGUCUUUGUUUGACAGUCACACACACCCACCCAGCCAGCCAGCCCUUCUCCUUCCCUCACUCCCCUCCUCUCUGCCUCACCACUUUCAGAGUGCAUCUUCUCUCUCAUUUGCAUUUCUUCCGCUUCCUCGUGACAAGAAACAGUUCAUGUCAAAGAGCCGUGAGAGAAGAUCAGAUUGGAGAGGUGCUAGAUGGCAGAGCAACACGAAAUGAGCAGGUACACAGAGGAUGCACCGGUUCACUGUGAACGGCUGUUUAGACUGGAUAAUUAUCACUGAUUGGAGUGUAAAGCGAGACGGUAAUUAGAGACCUGCCACUGGUACAUCACGACAGCAGCAGCGUUACCAUGGAGACUGGCAAGCCAGGAUUGGCGAGUGCUCCGGUGCACAUCAGCUCCGUCACAGCGCAGGCAGAGAAAAGGAUGGAUGUCCAGGCUCCCCUGACGGCUGUUUACAUCCACACAGUGCCUGCUCUGGCCACGCAGCCUUACCCUCAGCCGCCUGCAGCUGCUCCAGAAGCAGCCACACUCCAUCUGGGCAUGCCACCGCUCUACACCAAGGAGACAUUUCCCAUCCUCACGCUCCAUAUUGCUGGUGGGUUGCAGUCUCAGCCGGGAUUGAGCCUGGCAGCUGCUGCUCCCGCAGCCAGACCCAAGUCUGCAGGAAAGCACGUGUGUCCUCACUGCGGACGGGACUGCAUGAAGCCCAGCGUGCUGGAGAAGCAUCUGCGCUGCCACACGGGGGAGCGGCCCUACCCCUGCACCACUUGUGGAGUUUCAUUUAAGACUCAGAGUAACCUCUACAAACACAGACGUACCCAGGCACAUGCACGCCUUUCACUGGAGUCAGAGCAGAGCAGCUUAGACAGCAUGUCUGGCUCAAGAGAGACUUGCACUUCCAGUUUGUCUCUCGAGGAAUGCGGUGAAGAGCCAGGCAGCACAGAGAAGGACUCUUCACUAUCUGCUGCUGAAAGCACUGGUCCAGCCAGUGCUCCAAAGGUCUGCUCUGUGAAGACACAACGCUGUGUCCAGGAAGACAACGAGCUGAGCCUCACAGUUCAAAACUCAAAACCAAAUGGAAGCGAAAUGGUAAUAAAGGAAAGUGAAAAACUUCCACCGAGUGUUAGUAGACACCUUCCCCUUCAGAGACAAGAGGCCACACUGUUUUCCAAACAGUGGGAAAGCUCGGUGUCAAGAGGGAAAUCGCAGAGUCACGAGAGCACAGACUCUGGCUUCAGCGAGACUAGUGACCACUAUCCAAGCCCUGGCAGUGUUUUGCUCGAUCACAGUAUGGAUUCAGUCGCAGAAUCCACCAAAGAGCAUCUUGAAGAACCCGCCACCAGGCGCACACCUACAGAAUCAGAUCACGGCAGACAGGAGUCCAAAGACUCUGCCAGAGAGCAGGAGCAGAAGGCCCUAGAGGAGCGCAUAUCUAAGCUGAUAUCUGAUAAUACAGCUGUUGUGGAGGACAAACAGCUGGAGAAUGUGAGACCACGGAAGACCGUUUUAUCAAAGCAGGGAAGCAUUGACCUUCCCAUGCCGUACACGUACAAGGAUUCGUUUCACUUUGACAUGAAAUUAGGUCAGACUCAGAAUGUUUUGUCACAAAGAAACAAGAAGCCAGGGAUUUACAGUUCUGUGCCCACUCAGCGCUCCUCCACCAUGGACCAUGCCCCCUUGACUCGCAGCAAUUCCCUCCCCUUCAGUGUCACCCUCCUGCAGCCCGAGAGAAGCAGCCCGACCUCCUCCAAUCAGAGGGAUUAUGUAACGCUAGUCCGAAGGGGAAGCUCUGGCCAGAUCAACCCAACAGGUUUCGCGAUCAAGCCUGCGAACCAGCAAUCAUCCACCCACCGCCCACUGGUCCGGCAGACAGCCGUAGACUGCAACCACGCAACAGACGGUCUCAUCAGGAAUUCAUCUGUGGAGGAGGCGUGGAGCAGCAGCCUCAGUUGUGACGGGGAUGGCGGUGACAUUUGUGGAGAAUCGAGCAACAGAAAGUUCCGGAGGAAGAAAGCGCAGAAGUUCGCCUACAACAAGUGGUACAUGUACGGGGGUGGAACAUUUAAAAAGCUAUACAAUGCUGAGAAAAGUGGCGAUAACAGUGUUAUCAAAGGCAGGAAAUGUUCAGCAAACCCUGAGCAUGAGCUUGUUCAGGGUCUGCAGAAAAGGGCACCGCUGGCAGUAACGACAACAUGUUUGACAAGCAACGGUACCACAGUUGGCCCUCCUGCCAAUCUCUCCUUUGUCCCUGCUGUGGAUUUUAAUCUACAAACUAGCUCGCUUAAUUCAUCAUGCCUCGCUCUCAAAGCUCCACUCCGGAGGAAUCUGUCUUUGUCAGUACUGCCGUUACCUUCUAUCGGCUCGCUGGUUAGUCACAAAACAGACUGUGUGAACAGAUCAGAAGCUGGGAGACUGAUGAAUGAAGACAAAAAACAUAGUGUUUCCACAUCGCAGCUGUGCGGAGCCCAUAUUCCUUCAGACAGGAAAAAGCUGAGAACUGAUGACAAAAUAAUUUGCCCUCUGCAGAUGGAGACUGACCCAAACACAAUGCUUGCUCAUCCCACACCCUCUGUCACUCAGCAGGAAGCGAACCUCACUUACAUCAAUCUUAACAACAAUCCACAACAUACUCCGCUCAAAGGGCCUCUAUUCAAGUCGGGCAUAAUCAAUGCAAACACAACCUCUGUUAGCACCUCAGCAACUGCUUCCAGUCCCCCUGCUGCAAAGAACAGCUUCCUGCCCAAGUACCAACUCAAGUUACCCAAUGUUGCUGAACCUGAUUUAACUUUUUCACCGCAAGUUGUGGAUAAACCACCAGGAACUGAAGCCCACACUUUCACCUCUGUUCUGUCAUCUCCUCACAUUGAGCGCAGCUUGACCUCGGUCACAACGAGUGUAAAGAACUGCAAAGACCCCACAGCUUCACAGCUGGGGCUAACUUGUGAUCUUAAGAAGACGAAUGCUUUCAGCUCCGCGCAGGACCAGCUUGUCUCAACAGUUUGUCAUGCUGCAACAUCACGACUCAGUCAGAAUUUGCCGUGUAGCGUAGCUGUAGUGCACAAACAAUUUGCAGCAACCACAAUAACCACAAGCUGCCUGCAAGAUUAUCAGGCAGGAUUAUGCAGCACUUUGAUCCAGCCUUCGAAAUGUACGACAUCUGCACAGCAACCCAGACCUGUUGCACCUGCUGUUGCUACACUUACCGUAACCACAGCGAGCAGUCAGACAUCUGCUGCUGCCGUUAAAGCUGCGUCAUAUGAUCAGUCUAACCCUCCACUCUCUCACAUACAACUCUCAGCACAAUCAAACGUGCUGAAUCCUGUUAGCGUACCACACGUUAGCACAAACACCCCAGUGGUGCCUUGUCACAUUGUACCUUUUGACCAGGUACAACCAGCUGCUCAGAACGUGUUCCAUGUGCACACAGCAGACCUCCAGAUCUGCCUCCAGAUCAUAUCUGAUGAGCAGUUAGCCCUCAUCGAACCCCAGAUAGAGCGUCUAUCGGGUACCAGUGUCUCCCAGAGACAGGACACUGAGGGUGGGACCUUAGAAGGUGUCCAGAGCAAAACUCGGGGCUUUUUUGCUGCUGAAAGCAACAGUGAGGCAAAAGAGAGUACACAACCCAGACAACAAAAGGGCAAAAAUGAGUCUUUCCCUGCACUUACCACUGAGAGAAUAAUGACUUCUGUGCCUUUGCAAUUUGGGAAAACAGAGCCAAGUUCCCACCUGGCUCAGCAAAGCAGUUCCACUCAGGCUGCAGCAUCAGCUGAAUCUCUCCCUCCGCCACUACACCCACACAAAAACAGUCAUGUAAACAUGGUCACAGAGACUCAGAGCACUGCGGGUAAUGUAAUGUCAACUCCUGCUCCGCUCGGAGGUGUAAAGUCAGGAGGAAGACAAACUUCAGUGGAGGAACAGACUCUCUCUCUGAACCGCUGUGCUGAGGAGCAGGUUUUGCUGGAUCGGAGGGUCAGCCAAGGUGCAACCGUCUUGCAAGCUCUCUCUGGCCAACACAAGCUCAGCAGGAGCUCUCCCUCUUCCAGCACAGAAAAUCAGAAUAACUUGAAAAGUGAACUGCUGUGCAAAGAAGGCCAACAUAAGCUUAAUAAUCAGGGCGACUCAUGUAAUGUCAGCAUAAUGAAAACUAAGGGCGAAGCCUCCGAAUACAAAGGCAGCAGGUUAGAAAGUGGAGAGCACUGGAGCCACUCUCCCUCUCCUGCAUGCUCUGAUAAAGUCUCUGGGUCGGUCUCUUCACUUUCUAUCAAUAAAAGCAAAGCUGUGGGACAGCCAAACCCACAAGCAUCCAUCUACUGCAGUAAUCAAGUGGAGCCCACAAUAUCUGAGACUUUCAAUCCAUCCAAAGAUACAAACAUGGGAUGUGACAGAGUCGGAUCUGUAGGUGAUUCCAAAAUUUUAUUGGACAUCACCCCUCAUGGUUCACAGGAUGUAAUCAGCUCACGCCACUCAGAAAAAAGACCAGCUCACUUUGCUUCAGCGUCCUCGAACAUCCAGGUGGAAAGAUGCAAAGACACCACAUCUGUGUGUGCAAGUAUUCAGAGCCAGACAGCAGGGCUUAUGGAGGGAUCCUCCCUGGCGAGGUGUGCAGCCCAGAAGGAGCUGCAGAUGCAGGAACAUGCAAGGACUCCUGGGCAGCCAGACAGCACAGACUGGAAGCAGAAGCAGAGCCAAGGGGCUGAAGAGAAAAACCACCAAUGCCUGGGAGAGCGAGGUGACGGUGGGGUGACGGGAGAGGAGGAGAACAGAGGAAUCAAAGCAGACAACGCGCCAGGACUGUGGGGGAAGGCCGAGUCAGACUGCAGAUCCACAGUUUUAUCAAAGGCAGAGGUGAGAGAGACCUUCACCAGCAUGCACAGUGAGUUAGGAAACUACGAUGACAAGGAUCAAAUCAGAAUUUAA